AUCUAUUUACGCUACCCUGCGAAACAGACUAUCUUUCUCACCCUAUAAUCCCUGAUUCAGGUGCUGCGCCCUCACCGUCUCUCUCUUUCCUUUUCCGAAUCUGGGAGUGGGAGCCUUGCGAGAGUGUCGUAAGUGUGCUUCAAGACAACCACCGGUCGACUUCGAAAUUCUAAUCCAAAUCCAAAUCCAAAUCCAAAUCAAGCAAAUCUUUUUCAUCUUUCCUUUUCAGGUUUCAAUCUGCUUGAUUGAAACGCAGAAGAGAUGAAAGAUGACGAUGCUCUUCCGACGACGACGAUGGCGGCGGCUACUAUGAAAAAGGAAAGCUUAGAAGCCAGUCUAUUCGGGAAAGGCCGGUACAAGUUCUGGGCAUUGGCUGCCAUUUUGCUCCUCGCAUUCUGGUCCAUGCUUACCGGCACCGUCUCCCUCCGUUGGUCCGCCGGCAACCUCAACCGCUUCUCCGACGACUUCGACACCCCCAAAUUCGACGAUCUCGACGUCCUUGAAAUGGAGGAGAGGGAGAAGGUGGUGAGGCACAUGUGGGACGUGUACACGAAUAGCCGUCGGAUCAGAUUACCGCGAUUCUGGCAGGAGGCGUUCGAGGCCGCAUACGAGGACUUGACCAGCGACGUCCCUGGGCUCAGGGAGGCUGCUGUUUCCGAGAUCGCUAAGAUGUCUGUGAGCACCAUUGAUCUCGAACCACCUCCCCUGCAAUCAACGGGUGCACUAGAACUCCGUAAGAGUCUGAAUCAGGCUGGGAAAGGCGAUCCCUCAGCAGGAAAUAGGCGAUGAUGUGAAGAAUGUCAAGGCUCACAGGCUGCAGGUCUACAUUCUUUAUACUUUUUGGUCGAUUAAACUUGCUUAUGUGCUGUCUGAGUUUCAAGAGCGGCAGCGAUGAGCAAAUUAUACCCAGUUCCUCACGUUCUCAUGACCGGACGUAUUGUGUACUUAAUUAGGUUCUUAUUCUUCCAUUCUUUGCUGUGACAGUAAACCUUUUGCGCAAAUGAAUUUAAAGAAAAAAAAAAAAAACACUUUUAUUGAA